AUGCCGCGAGUGUACUUCCGCCCCCCCAGUGCGUCUAUACAGACGUAUGUGACGUCGUUCCUUGGUUUCAUGGAUAUUAAAGUCGGCAGUCAAAUCCUCACUUUGUUUUCCCUCUUCAACAAGAUUGCCGGCAUUUACGGCAUCAUUGCGAUUUUCCAAGGCGGCACGGUUGCCCAACUCUCUCUUUAUAUCUACUCUAUCGCCACGAUCCCCGUGUUCAUUUGGGGCCUGAAGGCUAUUAGCGACGAAAAACCCGGCGCUGUUCUUCGGUAUGCCCAUAUCUUUAUCUUGGACCACAUGGUCUCGACCGGCUGGACGCUGCUCUUUGCGUUCUGGUGGUAUGCCUAUGCGGCGCAUGACGGCAAGCCGGUGUCGAAUUCGAGCCACCAGGCGGGCCUGAUGACACUCAUUGAAAACCUCGAGGCAGAGUACCGCACGCCAGAAGAAAUGGCCAAGUACCGCCAUAAGGACUACGACGUGAACACGCCCGAAGGCCAGAAGGAGGCACAGCGCCGCGCGCAGGCCGCCAAUGCCAUCUGGGUGGCAGAGCGCGACUUUUCCGCGGGUGUGCUGGUCGGCGGCUGGCUGAUCAAGCUCUACUUUGCGCUGGUGCUCUACGCCUAUGCACUGCACCUCCGUCACGGCACCUACUGGAUGCUGCCCUUGUCCAAGUCGCGCGCGGCGAAUGCGGCGCAUGCCUCGGCCUACCAGUCGGUGCCGGGCGAGGAGGACGAGGCGGAGCUGCCAGACGACCCUGCGGAGAACAAGCCCAACGGUACGUCGAGCGAGCAUGUAUAG